AUGAGGUUAAAGGGGUUUACCCCUGACAUCACUGCUGAUGGGUCUGAUGAUGAAACCUACCUGUUCCAGUGCUCCUGUGCAGGUCUGUACCAGUGCAGUGUGACUGGUCUGGUGUUUGUCAUGAAGGGAGAAGGAGACGUGGUUUACAGGACUGUCCCUUGGAACAGGAAGCUGCUGGCACAACACCACAAGAAGCCUGCAGGACCCCUGUUUGACAUCAAAUGUCAGCAGCAGUCUGUGUGUCAGCUUCAUCUCCCACACUGUGAGCUCAUCUCCACAGGUGGAGGUCAGUUCAUGCAGGUCGCUCAUGUGGAUAAGCUUGAAGGUAUCAAUUUCAUCCCCCCUCGCCAGAUAACAGAAAGUCAUGUUGUUAUAAACAUCACAGAGUUUUCUGGUUAUGGUAUUGUGAGAGAUGAAGACUCUCCCCCUGACCCAGUCCAAGCAUUGGUUCUGCUCUUCUACAAACCCCCAGUUGAUCCUGAUCCCAGGUCUGUCCUCAGUGUGUUGUUGGUGCCGAGGAACAUCAAGAUCCAAGAUGUGAAAGAGAAGAGGAGGGAAUUAAUUGGAGAAGAGACAUACAUAGACAUACCCUCUAAAUGCAAUCUGCAUCCAAACCAGGUUUACACUCUUUCCACCGUUCCUGAUGAUGGCCUGAUUGUAGUUCAACCAAAUGAAACAGUGUUUGAUGACGUGUCCCUUGACAAUCCUGUCCCAUCAUUCCAAGUGAUUUUUAAUAGACUCAUUAGCAAUAUUAACCUGAGUCUGAAACACCAGAGCAGCUCCAGCUGUGUCUGGAAAAGUGAGGUUUGUCUUUUGCCCAAAAGAAUGGGAAGCAUGAUUCUCUCUUCAAAUCAGAAGCUGUUAAAAGUACGGAGCUUGUUCAUCGAGAAAAUAUCAGAACCUGUUCUCAGCAGUCUGCUCGACAAACUGCUGGAGAAAAAUGUGAUAACUGAUGCUGAGAGGGAGGCAGCAGAUGCAAAGAAAAAGAGAAGCAAAAAAGCUCGUUUGGUUUUUGACACAGUGAGGAGGAAAGGUGACCGUGCCAUUUUAGAAAUGACCGAGUCCCUUUGUGAGCUCGAUUCGUUCCUCUGCAGAAAUCUUGAGCUUCUUUGA